GGGCUUUUCCUCGGCCCAGUUAAAUUCUUUUUAAAAAGUAAUAAAAAAUAUCUGGACCCUAAAUCAUCCUCGCCGUGGUUUCUCCGCUUCCACCGUCGUCAUCCAUCUCCUCUCAGUGAUCUUUGUGGCAUUCAUUCUUCCUUCCGCCUCUCUAGUCGGUUGAAAUGGAGAAUUUGGAAGAUCUGAAAAUGAUGGCGGAGCAGUGGUCGAAUCAAGGUAUUGAGUAUCUUCAGAAGAUACCUCAAGAUCAGCUCUAUGCCGCCGUUGGUGUUCUCUUGUUUACAACCGUUUUGCUCCUCUUAUCAAUUCGCUUGGUGAGGCGUACCAAAUCAAACACUGUGCUCCUUUCUGGGCUCAGUGGAAGUGGAAAGACUGUGCUCUUCUAUCAACUCCGAGAUGGAUCAUCCCAUCAGGGUACUGUAACAUCAAUGGAACCGAAUGAAGGCACUUUCGUUCUUCACUCUGAAAACACUAAGAAAGGAAAAGUCAAGCCUGUUCAUCUUGUUGAUGUUCCUGGACACUCUCGGCUUCGACCUAAGCUGGAAGAGUUCUUGCCCCAAGCAGCUGCUAUUGUCUUUGUUGUAGACGCCUUGGAGUUCCUCCCUAACUGUCGUGCAGCUUCAGAGUACCUAUACGACAUUCUGACCAAUGCCAACGUUGUCAAGAAGAAGAUACCAGUCCUCCUUUGCUGUAACAAGACGGAUAAACUCACCGCGCACACCAAGGAGUUCAUCAGGAAGCAGAUGGAGAAAGAAAUUGAGAAACUGAGAGCUUCAAGGAGUGCAGUAUCUACAGCUGAUAUAGCCAACGACUACACCAUUGGAAUCGAAGGAGAAGUGUUCUCCUUCUCGCAUUGCUGUAACAAAGUCACUGUCGCUGAAGCAUCUGGACUCAAUGGAGAAACUGUUCAGGUCCAAGACUUCAUUCGUGAAUACAUCAAGCCCUGAGUGAGAGCCAACUUCUACAUCCGUAGAUUUAAUCCUUUAUCACAGGCUUCUUAUGCACUUUGUCUGUGACUGUGAUUGGAGUUUAGAGAUCUUUCUUUUGUAUAUGAGUUGUUGUCAGAGAUCUUUCGAAAAGUUAAAAGACUUUAGGACAAAAAAAAAGAGAGAAUAAAUGACAUCCAUAAUGAUGUUAUGAUCCA